AUGGCAUCAGAUGGCCUGAACUCGCAACUGAAAGAUGGUUACAAGCGUGCCGCUGACGAUUUCAAGCAGUCGAUACCUGCGGACUUGGCGAAAAGGUUCGCAAAGCACACCAACAGUCUGGCUUCCCUAAAAGACGAAAUCCAGACCAUCCAGGAUGAUCAUGGGAAGAAAGGAUCGCUCCGCAACUUGCAGCGCCUUAAAAAGUUCGUCGAAGCCAUGACCCAGCUUGGGCAGGUGAUUGAGGUUUUCGUAAAUGCGAACGAUCUCGUUUGCUUUAUCUGGACCGCAAAAGCCCAUCUUGACAAUUUUGACAAGCUGCUUGACGUGUAUUCCGACAUUGGAGAUGUAAUCCCUGGUCUAUUGUUCUACCAAGACAUGUUCAUACAACACGAACCCCUCAGGGACAUCUUGCAAGAUUAUUACUCCGACAUCUUGAAGUUUCACGAAAAGGCAAUCAAAGUCUUUGCCCGUUCAACCUGGAAAAAUGCCUUCAAUGCCACGUGGAACACCUUUAAGACGCAAUUCGAUCCGAUCAUGCAAAGUCUGAAGAAACGGCGAGAGCUACUAGAUAGCGUAAAGGUUUCAGCAUCUCUUGACCAAAUCCACGUCAUGCGACGGGAGAUGAGAGACGUAUACCAAGAGCAAACAAGAGCUGCCGAUAAGAGUGCGCGCGAAAAUCAUCGGUCCAGAAUGGCACUGAUCAAGGAAAAGAUCGGCGCACCGGACUAUGACCUCGAUCAGCAAGCCGCAAGUCAGAGAAGAGAAGAAGUUGAUAGCGGCAAAUGGGUAUUUGGGGAGCCAGAAUACGUGUCUUGGUCCAGCACGAUCAGUCUUGAUCAUUCGGUUCUGUACCUCAACGGUAUACCCGGAGCUGGAAAGUCAACACUCGUCUCUUUGAUUAUCAGCAAUCUCCUGGCAGUUCGCAGCUCGAACCAGCUUCUUCGAACAUCUGUGUCUUAUUUCUACUUCAAGCACGGAGUCCCGGAUAGGAGCACUCAUGAAAGUGCCCUAAGAGCUAUCUUGACCCAGCUUAUCAACCAGGAUACAACGUCAUCGGAGGGAUUUUUCGAAGAUUUAUCGAAACAAGCCGAUGUUAAUAUUCGCUCCAGAGAGAGCCUCGAAAAGCUCACUAAGAGAGCACUUGAGGAGUAUCGAGUAUCGUACUUGAUUCUGGACGGUCUGGACGAGUGUGAACGAGGACAAGCUGAGCGUGCAAUGGAGUGGCUCCUUUCGCUUCGUAAAGACGAACGAUAUGCUGGCAAGACGAGCCUACGAAUUAUGUUCUCCGGGCAACGAAACGGCGUGCUGGACAAGAUCCUGGCGCCGUUCCCUGACAUUCAGUUGGAAUCUUCAAAGCACAAGGUCGAUAUCGAAAAGUACUGUUUGCAGUAUUCUUCAAAAAUUCAGAAGAAAUUCCGCCUAGAUAAAGCCACCGAGGCUCACAUCGUAUCUUUAGUCACAAAGGGAGCUCAAGGGAUGUUCCUGUACGCUAGGGUCGUUCUCGAAUAUCUCUAUCGCCAAGUAAGCUUCGAUGGACUGAAUGAGGCCAUCAAGCCUGAAAUGUUUCCAAGCAAGCUCGAAACUGCCUAUCAGAGAGUAGCGGCCACCAUCUUUGAGGCAGAAUACGAUUCAGAGGUAUAUGCUGCCAAGAAGGUCAUUUCUUUGGUCAUUGCAGCAAGACGAGAUCUGAGAUGGCGGGAGAUACAGUCGUUCUUCUGUAUAGACAGCAAAACAGCGACUGUCCGUCCUGGUAGACGAUUACUAGUUGAUGCCAAAGAGCUUUGCGGCUCCCUUGUAGACAUUCAUCAAUUCGAUGGCCAAAUUGGCGAUCCAGAGAGUCUCGUUCGAAUUGUGCAUCAUACGGCCCAAAGAUACCUCAUCGAGAAGAAGCUCAUCGACAACUACCUUGAGCACGCUCGGCUCCUGACGUUCUGCUCCGAUUAUCUGCGUUCGAUGCCGUUUGCACAAAGUAAUUGUUCGGAUGUAGUGUCGUUGCAUGCCAGGCAGGCAUACUACUCGCUGCAAGAUUACGCUGUUGCACACUGGUAUGACCAUCUCAAAGCCCUCAUGAGCCCUAGUCCAGCGAGACAGACACAGAUCCCCGAGGUUGUGCGAGAGCUCCAGACGGCAAGGGAUUCAGCCGUAUCCUUUCUGCAGGAGUAUGUCAUCUCAUCCAAGAUGACACAGAAAGAUGACACUGAGCUGUCGUUAGAAUCAAUACUGGACAGUCUCCCAUCCGAUGAUAGCGAAAGGACCUCGCUUCUCAACAUUGACCAACGAACAUUUUGGAUCCGAAAAGAAAUCGAGAAUUUGAGUGAUCUCACCGACAAUGAGUACGGUGUCUUGAAUAGUCUCUAUGGCCCGGCAUCUCGCUACAAGUGCCAUAAGCCCAGAUGCCUAAUGUUUUCUGAAGGCUUUGAGACGAAGCAGGAGAGAGCAAACCAUAUCAACCGCCACGAACGACCGUUUCGCUGUGAUCAAGAGGAAUGCUUUGCACACGCCUUCGGAUUUGAAUCAAGAGAUUCGCGGGACAAGCAUGUGAAUGAGCAUCAUUCAGAAGCUGGAACGACCUUUCAAUUCCCCCGUCAGGACACUGAUAUGGCGUCCACACCCGAAGAUAUCUUCCAGGCAGUAAAAGCUGGCGACAUAGUCCGUGUCACACAGCUUCUCGACGAAGAUGUCGACGUAAACGCUGUCGAUCAUCCACUAAAGGACAGCUAUGUCACUCCCCUCUGGAUAGCCGUGGAUCGCAACAACUACGAGAUGUGCAGACUGUUGAUACAACGAGGUGCAACCCUUGGGAAGCCAGCAGCAUACCGACCAAGAUCAAAAAGGUUCACCAAGGUUGACGCGAUGUCUCCAUAUACUCCACUAGCUCAGGCCUGUGUGACGGGAAACGUCAAAAUAGCUGAGUUGAUUCUCAAGGCACAAGCUCAAGUGACUGAGUUCGCUGUUGAUGAUAUGUACAUUGCUUUGAUGAAAGCAGUGAUGAGAGGCAAAGUAGAAAUCGUUCAGCUACUCAUGGGCUAUCACGAUUUCACUCGAGAGAAACACGCACCAGACGGCUUGAUCGAUCCGUUACUAGUAGCUUGUCAGCGCAGCCACGCUUCUGUAUUGGAAUGUCUUCUCCAGUCUGGAUUUGAGCUUAGGGAUGACGUCGAUUACAUCACGGUAUGUCUGUCGUUUAUACAUGCCCAGGACACUGAGCAGGGGACAAGACAGGCGUCGACGCUGAAAAUCAUGCUUGCAAGUUGCCAAGUUCCGAUCUCAUCGCCCAUGAGAAUUGAAAGAGCAAUGAAGAAUGGACAUCCCUAUGUUGCCCUAUUGAUCUUGUCAUAUCGAAAGACAAAUAUUCGUGCAGCCGGCUUGAGAAAGAUAAGCAGUCUCGCACGGGAAAGAUCCUACACAGACAUUGCCAAGUUUGCAGAUAAGCUGCUAGACGCAAUAGGCGAGGAACCUCAAACCAAAUCGGUCCUGACUGUAGGCGAUAUGCCAAUCAGUUUUGACUUUGAUUCCUUGGUGCACGAAGACUGGGAGAUGAAGGAGGAAUGA